AUGAAUCACCGCGGUGUCGGAUGUGAGGUGGACAAGGACGACUUCAUGUCGAUCGAGGACGAACAGUGGAUCACCGAUGGCGUGGUGGACUUUCACAACGUGCUGCUUAGCAUCAGGAAGCCGUCGCUCCGCGACGGCAAGACAUGGGCCGCCAUGGACUGCAAGGCCUAUUCACAGACGACAGCUGCGCAUGGAGUGCCGUUAACGCUGGGGAGUGGGCGGCCGCUUUUGGAACACGAUUAUCUUGCGAUCCCGGUCCUAGAGUCGCGGGAGAUGCGCCGAGACUUGUGUGCACACGCUGGCGGAGAGCUUCUGAAACAACUACAGGAACUGGGGAUUGAAGUCCCGCCGCAAGACGAAGGCCUGGUUACCGUAGAGGGGACAGUGGUGCAGGUGAGAAACACUGCGGAGGGAGAUGGGAGGCAGGCGCCAAACACUCGCCAUGAUGAGGACGCUCGGUUUACGGAGAUGACGAGGCGCAUAGCAUCGCUGCAUAACGAUGUGAGGUACCUGGACGCCAGCUUCACCGUGAUCGCCAACUUCGUGGGCCUGAGCCGGGACGAGGUGGUGUCCGCUGCAACCCAACUGCUGCUGCAUGGAGGGGUCGCGGGGAACGGCACGAAAACAGAGGCGGGUGGCAACAAGCAUGCGCCACGCACACCCCAGCGUCCGUCUGCCCGGAAGAGGCGAGAUGACAGCAGUCCUGAGGAGGACGGCGUGCGCAACCUCACCCAGGUGGCGCUGGCCUCCACGUUCGCCGCAUGUGCGCCGACACCGAGCCUGCUGCAGAACCCGCUGAUCUCGAACGGGGCCAUACCUCCCUGGAUGUUGACGCGCCCGCGGCUGCUGUCCGGCACGGGUGUGCCAGCUGGACCUGACGUGUGGGGAGACAGGCUUGGGCAGGAGACGGCGAAGGCCGACGAAGAGGAGGAUCUCGUGUCAGACUCAGAUGACGAGGACGGUGGCGAAGAUACAAGUGCAACCAGGUACACGGGUGUGAAGCUGGAUCCGAACACCGGCAAGUACUGCGUCAAGAUUUUGUUUAAAGAACGUGGGAAGCGCAAGCAGCAGAGACUGGGAGGGUACACCACUGAGGAGGAGGCGGCAUUUGCAUACGCCGCCGGUGCGUUCGUGCUGAGGCCUAGCGAGAGGAUACCCAACACCGUCAGCCUGUCGGCCGCAGAGAAGGCAACGCUGCGGGGGUGCACCAAAGAAGAUUUACAGACCCUGGUGGAAGCGAGGAAGUGGUGGAGGUGGAGGAGUUGGCGUGAGGCGCUGGAGAGCGUGGGCCAGCGGUUGAAACGAGUGAGGAAGCGUGGGGGUGCAACAGGUGCAUCAAAGAGGCGCAGGGUUGUGGACCACGACCACACAGCUACCAACGACCCAGCGGCAACCGACAAUGCUGAGAGUGGGGGGACGGCCCCAGUGACAAACGAGCAAGGCGGAGGUGCAAGGGACAAUGACCAGGAAGAGCGGAGGGAAGACACUGGAGCUGAGGAGAAGACAUCAGAGAUGGCUGCAUAA